CGGGAGAUCUGAGCGAUCCUGGAGUGAACCUGGGUGCAACAGUUGCAACAGCUCCACCCUGGCAGCGGUGAAAGAGCCUAUAACCCGGCUGCUACUGUCUGCGCGGCCAUGUGUAGGAGGGGCAUUCAGUCCUCCGGGCCGCACCCCUCGUUUCUCAAAACGGUUCUGGUUUUGCUACUCUUCUCUCCUGCCGUGAACUACUCCAAGCUGCGAAGGCGGUAGCAGAAGCAUCAGUAAUGAAUUUCACUGCCUGUAUAGCCAGAGCAUUUGAUUUUCUUUGCUGUUACGUUGUUUGAAGCAUGGCAGUUAUCCUGUGCUAUAUUCAGUGAGUGGUAUCCUUUCCUGUAUUCAGCGAGAGAUAUCCACCUGAGGAGAUCCACGGAACAAAUGGAUUUAGUUUGUUUCAGAAAUGGAAGGUGUACCAUCCUGGGCCCCAGCUGUUGCUUUCACACUCUUCCCCAAUGCAGGAAGCAUUUGGGGAUCUAGGAUGGCCAAGAAAGCAACGUCUACGUGGUAUGAAUCACUGGAGAAGCCAUCCUGGCAUCCACCUAACUGGGUUUUCCCACCGGUCUGGGGAGCUCUAUAUUCAUCAAUGGGAUAUGGUUCUUACCUGGUGUGGAAAGAAUUGGGAGGCUUCAAUGAAAAAUCUAUGGUUCCACUUGGACUGUAUGCAGGACACCUAGCAUUAAACUGGUCAUGGACUCCUGUAUUCUUCGGAAACCACAAAAUAGGCUGGGGGCUGGUGACUUUAUUACUUACCGCAGGAGCAGCAACAGCUACAACAACAGUCUGGUACCAUGUUAACAAAACAGCAGCGUAUUUGCUGUACCCUUAUUUAGCCUGGCUAACUUUUGCCUCUGUGCUAAACUACCGCAUCUGGAAGGACAAUCAGAGUAAGAAGCACGUGUAAUAUUUUUCCAGAGCAAAAGUUUUUUAAAGAAACAUUUUUGAAGUUGGAUGCUGCUUAAACCAUGCACUGUCUCAGACAAUAGUAUAUGAUCAUGUUAACAUGCAAAUAGAAGCUUACUAGAUAUAUCUAAUAAAAUUCAAUAACAGACUGAGAAA